AUGGACGCCGACGCGGUUGACGUCUUGCGACGACGGGCGAGGGCGUUGCGACGGGCGAUCCCGGGGCGGUACGACGACCUGCGAGCGCUCGCGCGCGGAUUUCAGCUCGAUGAGGUGACGCCGGAUGCGCUCGCGCGAGCGAUGAUUGAAUGUUCGCGCGCGUCGAGCGACGCCGCGCGCGAGAUCGACGCGCUCGCGCGAGCGUUGCCGAGCGAGGCGCAUCGCGCGCGGCUCCGACGGGCGCUCGGUGGGGGGGUGGAGACGACGGGGACGACGGGAUGUUCCAGCGAGACGCGGCGGGCGCGCGAGGUCAAGGCGGAGACGUUGGCGCCCGGUUUGGUGUGUUUAAGGAAAUUCAUGACGGUCGAGCGACAGCGGUGGCUCGCGGACGAGAGUUUUCGAUUAGGAGAGAGCGUGGACGUGCAACAGGGAUUUUUUGAGCGCUCGAGCGACGGCGCGGCGAAGCUGAACCAAGGGUCGAGAGGUCGGAUGAUUUUAACGCCCGAGGCGUUUCCGGGCGACGCGUUGCGAGAGAUGUGCGCCGAGGCGGUGCGCGCAGCUCAAAAAGUGGACGACGCGAUGCCGGACAUGAAUCCCACGACGUGUUUGGUGAACUUUUACAAGGAUGGUGCCGAAUUUAAAUGGCACAAAGACUCCGAGGAUCCAAAGUUGGUGAAGUCUCGCGCCGGACCGCCCAUCGUCAGCUUUAGCGUCGGCAUGUCCGCGGACUUUGGAUACAAGUACUCGUUUGAAGAUCCAACGCACGAGGUCGUGCGCCUAAACUCUGGCGAUGUCUUACUCUUCGGGGGGCCGUCUCGCAUGAUCGUGCACUCGGUGUUGAACGUCCACCCCGGCUCGAUGCCGGGGCACUUGCGAGGAAAAAUGCUCAACGGGCGCUUAAACGUCACCGUUCGAGACAUCGGCGAGGGCGUGAUCGAUACCAGCCAGUUCCCCGCCUAUCGCGUCUCCUACGAUGGCGUUCCCGCGGAGGGUAAUGUAUGA